AUGUCUACCAUCAAUACCCCACGUCCAUUGGCUUUCUCUCGGGAAUUUCAUCACGAUCUAAUCUGCAGUGCUUCAAGAUCUGGUCUUGUCCCACUUUAUCCUACGAACUCUACUUCUGAGUCGUCUUCUAGUUUCAAGUUUCCUAGUCGACCAUCUUCCAAUCAAGAAGCUCAAGUUUCAACUAAAACUUCGGAUUUGAAACACGAUUCUAUCACAACAGAAAAACCUCAACACCAUAGGGACCUUACCAUCACCAAUCCUAAACCUUGUCUUGUUAUAAUUUGUGUGAACUGCAACAAAUCUACAGCAUGGUUCAGUCCACCUACGCCACAAUCUCAGCCUCUCGUCGAUCCUCAAACCGACGAUCAUCAUUCCACUGGAUCUAAUCACAGUUCCAACAUCCUCAACACACACUCAUCUACCUCAUCCCUCAACAAUUCAAGCUCAAAUCAAGCUCCGAUUCCAUCCCCCGAAUCACUACAUCAAUCGAGCUUACGACAUGGCUCUCGACAACCUCACUCCCCUUUCUCACGUCCCCAACAUCCCUCGACGUGUCCGUCCCUCUUCCCCACAUCUCCAAAGGAUCAACCAACAGCUCCCACUUGGAUUUCUGGUCAGAUUCAUGGCAUUUGUUCCGAAUGUCAAACCGCUUCUCAAACUGGCUCUGGUUUACGUCAUGCUAAAGUCUCGGGAGAUGUGCUAUCUCAUCCAUCGAAGCCUCGUCCCAUGUCUUUACUCUCUGAUGUCACUCCCUUGUCGGCUUCAUCCUGUUCUUCGGGCUCCUUCCCAUCAUCCACAUCAAUCCCUCUUGAUCUCGAUGAUGAAGAUGGUGGCCACUCUCUAGCUUCAAGUCCCUCAUCUGCGCAAGUGAUCUCAGUAGCCUCUGUCAAGCCUUUCCGACUAUCAUUCCCUGAAGUCGUCUCAAUGCGCCAACGGAAUCUGAAACCUUCGACCCCUCCAGAACUCCCGCAACUUGACAAGCCUGAUGGGUCCCGUCAUUCACCUGAACAUGUGAUCAAGCUUGACUUACCACCUCGUCGAAAGGCCCGCAGGGGCACACCACCCACCGCCGUGUCCGAAUCUCAGACCAGUGACCUUGCACGUCCAGAUGCAGGUCAUACUUCUGAAAUUUCGAGUCCACCUGCACGUAGUGCUCCCUCUGCAAAGCGUCCGGCCACUGCUGCUACCGUCACCCCUGCAAGCCACUCCAUCGUUCGUCAAAACUCGAGUCAUGGUCUUCUUGGUCGGUUCAUGAGUAGCCCACUCAUGGAAUUUAAGCGUCGUCCAAACACUGCUACUGGCUCUUCGACUCACGGUCCCACUGUCAAGACUCCAAGCCCAACUGUGGAGGAGCUUCGCAGCCCGUUACCAACUCCCCGGCCGAUCACUCCUGCUAGCCACCUUACUCAGCACCGUACAUUUGCAUCCGCCCCGUCCCUUGCGGCCUUCCAACGGCCAGCGACAGCAACGACACCCAUUUCGCCUCCGUUUGCUGACGCUCCGGCUGGUGCUAUUCGACGACCGGCAACUGGAAUGGGCAGUCGAGCUCUUGAUUCCUUACCUACCAAGUCAUCAGGACCUUUGACUUUUCCUGACUCCACCACACCUCAUGACUUUUCGUACAUCCCUUCUUGGACAAAUGGUGAUCAAAAGCGUUCACAAACUGCGAUCCAACGAGUUGAACCACCCAAGAAAUCCUCUCGUAGUGUACCCUCGACGCCAAUGAAUCCGAAAUUCAAAUCAAAUGGAUCAACCCCAUCAGGUGAAAUUGGGCUUGAAGCGAUGAAGAAUCCAAUUCAAGCUCAUGCUUCAGUUUCGAAACUACCACCUGAAGAUUUCCAUAGUAAAUCUAGGAGUUUGACGAUGUCAAUCUUUCCAAGACCAUCUUCUGAUACCUUCAGACCUGGUCAAAGUUUGAUUGUGUACCUACGACGAGCUCCUAAGAAGAAGUUUGGUACGAUUGGAGUGGUGUUGAGUGGUAGAAUGAUUGAAAGUAGGAAUGGAUCGAGUCAUGAGUUUAUGAAGGUGAUCAAGCCGGUAUUGACGAGUGGUGGGGUUUGUAAUGAUGCUAGGGUGAUUGGAGUUAAUGGAGAUGAAUGGGCGGUUGAGAUUACGAUUCCAGAGUAUGCGACUUGUGCUUGUACUCCUGGUCCUCUUCCUCUUCCGUCUGCGGGGAGCAAUCCUUUGGGUGAGGUGAUUUAUACGAUUCAACUAUUAGCUGAAAAGAAACAGCUAAUCAGCUCGCAAGAAACGAUUUUGGUCAAAUUUCAUUUGACUAAAGCUGAAAAUAGAGGAAUCGGAAGUCAAUUAACAACUAGACCUGCUAGUGUUAAAUCAUCCAAAGGAAAGAUUGUGUUUGGAGCUGGGCAUUUGGGAUCGAUUGAGGAUUAUAGCUUGAGUCAUCAUCUCUACUUUUAUCAUCCAGAAAGAGUUGAAAUCUUUUAUGCAUUUGAGGUUAGGUUUGGACCACAUUCCAAUUUACCAACUCAAGUCAUUGAUCAAUUAGCACACUCUGCUAAAGUUGAAUUAAGAUAUUUAAUUGGAGAAGAUAAAAGGAUGAUGAAGGGAGUGAUUGAUCAUCGGGUUAGAGGUUGGAGACCUAUUGAAAAUGGUUGGAUGAUUAACGGUUCACUUGAAGUAAAAGAUGUAGGAGCACUAAUUUCACCUACCACAUCAACUUAUUCUUCUAAUAUCAGUCAUUCGACUUCGGCCAAUACUUUUAAACAAAAGAAGUAUGAAAUCGAAAGAGAAAAGACUUCCUUGAAGAUUAAAAAGGAAUUAUUUUUGAUUGUCUGUAUGGAAGAAUCUAGUCAGAUUGGGAUCUUGAAUGGUAAAAAAUUAGAAUUAUCCACUUUACUUGGUGAUACUGUUUUAUCUAAAUGUCCUUUGAGGAUUUUGGGAUUCCAACCUUGAAUUCAAUAGGUCGGAUGGAAGGGACGGUUGAGAUGUUGAGGUUGAGGUUGAAAGUGAUCUAGGGGGGGUUCGUUUUUUUUUCGUUUUUUUCUUCAUUACUUGUAUACGUUUUCUUUUAUAUAAUGUUUUCUUUUCAAAGUUGUCUGUUUAAGUGUUUGUUCGUUUUCUUUCCUUGAAGAUCUGUAAAUCAUUUUCUUUGCCGUUUCUUUUUUAUUUCAUAGUUGGACUAUCUUCUUUGAAAAGAAUCCCCCAAAAAAAUCCUGGAUGUUUCUUUUUUCAUCUAUUUGUCUUGUAUAGUUAAACCAAAGUUACAAAAAAAGAUUUGUACCGUUUCUUUUUUUUGUCUUUCUUUUUUUUACUUUUCUUAAAAAUGUUGGUUUCUUUUUUCUUUUUGAAAACUAGUGAGAAAGAACAGAAUGGAAACUUUAUUUCCUUCUUUGUUUUUAAUAAAAUAAUAAAAUUCAAUCUUUUUUUUACCAUG